AUGUGGCACUGGGAGUCGAAGGAGCACGAGAGGCGAGAAGCGCGGAACAUCGAAGGAAGAGGACGAGAGCACAAAAUAGCAGACCAAGCCGGAGAAGUGAAAACGACUGCGGUCGCCUCCGAUGGGGAUGGCGACGAGGAUGACCGCAAGCAGCCGCAAGAGCGGCCUGCCUCUUCAUCAGUCGCGACUGCCAGUUCUGUUACGCGAGGAGGAGGCGGGGCCGGAGGCGGAGGCGCAAGUUAUCGCAGCAAUGAGUCUCGAGUUCAUCGACCGCCGCUCUCUCCACCUUCAUCUAAACGCCCGUUCGUGCAAGCCCUUGAGACCCUCGAGCGCCUCACCCAUGCAGCUGGGAAACCCCACGGCGGCGUUUCUGCUGGACUUGCUUCAGCUUCCUUGCCCUCCUCUUCCUCGUCCUCCCGUGCGUCCACCGCCACUGCGGCCGACAUAACCUCGUCGUUAGUUUCUCCUUCACCCUCUUCUCUUGGCUCCACCAGGGAAGAGGGUGCCUCAAGCGGGAAAAGGAAACGAAAACAGGCCCAGGAACGACAGAGCGCAGCAGCUGCAGCAAUUGCUCUGAGUGCCAACGAUGGUGAGGGAGGCGGGGGGGAGGGCGGGAGGGAAGGAGGGGAGACGUCGUCGCCGUCGUCAUUGCCGGGAGGGGCGGCGAAGUGUCGAGUAGGCUUCGGCAUGAUUCGUUUGCUCACAGGGCCGGAGGGCAACGACGCCGGUGGAAGGCCAGUCGGAGUGAAGCCGGGGGAGGACGUGGAGACUGCCGUGCUUGGCAGUGGCGGGUCAAAGGUGUCACAGUGGGUGAUGGGCCGUCUGAAAAUAGACACCAGGGGAGGAGAAAGACAAGAAAACGGUCGAGACAACGCCGAUGGGAAUCAACAGUAUCUCUGCCUAGACGAAACGCACGUCUCCGGCGCGGUCUGCAUAUCAGGAACAAGGUGA